AAAUAAAACAAAAGCGUGGUAGUGCAGUGCUGCCUCAGCGGCAAAGCAAACCCACGCGGCGUUCCGGUGCUCCGCACUCCGUCGGCUACCUUCACGGCCAAGGCAGAAGCACCAAAGCAGCAAGGAGAGUGAGAGGCAGCCUUGCCGGCUCGGAAUCAAUUCUCUCGUAGUAUCCAAUAGGAGGUUCUUCUCGUGGAUCUCGUUAAACCAUGUCUCGAGAUCCCAAUCCGUUCAGCGAAGAGGACGUGAAUCCGUUCGCGAACUCCACUGCUCCUGGAUCUAAUUCUCGCAUUUCCACACUGGCAUCGAAAGCUUUUGGAUUUGGGAACAAGAAUGAUGCGACGGUUGACAUACCAUUGGACAAUAUGAAUGAUUCUAAGAAAAGAGAGAGGGAACUUGCCGCAUGGGAAGAGAACCUAAAACAGAGGGAAAUGGAUAUUAAAAGAAGGGAGGACUCAAUGACAAGAGCUGGUGUUACUAUUGAAGAAAAAAAUUGGCCACCAAUUUUCCCUAUCAUUCAUCAUGAUAUAUCUAAGGAAAUCCCUGUCCAUGCUCAGAGGUUGCAAUACCUGGCAUUUGCUAGUUGGUUAGGAAUUCUUCUCUGUCUAUCAUGGAACGUGAUUGCUGUGAUUGUUUGCUGGAUUAGAGGGGGAGGUGUUAAAAUAUUUUUACUUGCGGUUAUCUAUGCUUUGCUUGGAUUCCCUCUUUCCUAUGUGCUUUGGUACAGACCAUUGUAUCGUGCAAUGAGGACUGACAGUGCACUUAGGUUUAGCUGGUUUUUCUUUGUCUAUCUGAUCCACAUUGGCUUUUGUAUUUUUGCAGCCAUCGCCCCUCCAAUUGUAUUCCAUGGGAAGUCAUUAACGGGAAUCCUGGCGGCAAUUGAUACCUUCUCAGAUCAUGCGUUAGUUGGGAUCUUUUACUUGGUGGGCUUUGGGCUGUUUUGCUUGGAGACACUAAUAAGUUUGUGGGUACUUCAGAAAAUUUAUAUGUACUUCAGAGGACACAAGUGACGCUACAGGGAGAAGAACUGCUUUAUGUUGCAGAAGGUUAUGAUACGAACUUGGGAUUUAGUUUGAGAUUUUGGAUCAAGUUGUAUCAGGCAGAGAUGCGUGCGUGAGUUUUAAUGUGGAUGCAAUUCAUUUAGUUUUCCUUAUUUUUUUCCAAUUGCUACAGCAGUCAAACAGAUGUCAUCGUGCUUCAUAUUAUCGUGUUAAUCUGUGGAAUGACAAACGUGGUAAAACCUUAACAGAGUAGGGGUGCGUGAGAUGUUGUGGAGACA